GGGCCGGCCCCUCGGCGGAGCCGCCAGACGGCGGCGGCCGGGCUGGGCACUGCCGGCAGCGCAUCCCCCGCUCCGCCCCGAGCCGCGGCCAUGACCGACAACAUCCCGCUGCAGCCCGUCCGGCAGAAGAAGCGCAUGGACAGCAAACACCGCGGAGGGUGCUGUGAGUGCUUGAGGUGCUGUGGGCGGAGGGAGCCGCGGCCUCGGACGGUCUGGCUCGGCCACCCGGAGAAGAGAGACCAGAGAUACCCUCGCAAUGUCAUCAACAACCAGAAGUACAACUUCUUUACCUUUCUCCCUGGGGUGCUGUUUAACCAGUUCAAAUACUUCUUCAACCUUUAUUUCUUGCUCUUGGCCUGCUCUCAGUUCGUGGUUGAGAUGAGGCUUGGUGCACUUUACACAUACUGGGUUCCUCUGGGGUUUGUGCUGGCUGUCACCGUGAUCCGCGAGGCGGCCGAGGAGAUCCGAUGCUACAUGCGGGACAAGGAAGUGAACUCGCAGAUCUACAGCAAGCUCACAGCCAGAGGGACUGUCAAGGUGAAGAGCUCAAACAUACAAGUGGGUGACCUCAUCAUUGUGGAAAAGAACCAGAGGGUCCCUGCUGACAUGAUCUUCCUGAGGACGUCGGAGAAGAAUGGCUCCUGCUUCCUCCGCACGGACCAGCUGGACGGGGAGACGGACUGGAAGCUGCGGCUGCCCGUCACCUGCACCCAGCGCCUGCCCACGGCCUCUGACCUGCUGCAAAUCCGCUCCUACGUCUACGCAGAAGAGCCCAACAUUGACAUCCACAACUUCGUGGGGACCUUCACCAGGGAGGACAGCGACCCUCCAGUAAAUGAAAGUUUAAGCAUAGAAAACACCCUGUGGGCCAGCACAGUGAUCGCAUCAGGUACUGUGGUGGGAGUUGUCCUCUACACGGGCAGGGAGCUGCGCAGUGUGAUGAACACCUCCAACCCAAGAAGUAAGAUUGGCCUGUUUGACCUGGAGGUGAACUGUCUGACCAAGAUCCUGUUUGGGGCUCUGGUGGUGGUGUCCCUGGUCAUGGUGGCCCUGCAGCACUUUGCAGGCCGUUGGUACCUGCAGAUCAUCAGGUUCCUGCUGCUGUUCUCCAACAUCAUUCCCAUCAGUUUACGUGUGAAUCUGGACAUGGGGAAGAUCGUGUACAGCUGGGUGAUCCGCAGAGAUUCCAAAAUCCCUGGCACUGUGGUUCGGUCCAGCACUAUCCCUGAGCAGCUGGGGAGGAUUUCCUAUUUGCUUACAGACAAAACAGGGACUCUCACCCAGAACGAGAUGGUUUUCAAGAGGCUCCACCUGGGAACGGUGGCCUACGGCCUGGACUCCAUGGACGAGGUGCAGAGCCACAUAUUCAGCAUUUACACACAGCAGCCUCAGGAGCCCCCGGCCAUGAAGGGGCUGUCCCUGGCCACCAAGGUGCGGCGCACCAUGAGCAGCCGCGUGCACGAGGCCGUCAAGGCCAUCGCGCUGUGCCACAACGUCACCCCCGUCUACGAGUCCAACGGCGUCACCGACCAGGCCGAGGCCGAGCGCCACUACGAGGACUCCUGCCGGGUGUACCAGGCCUCCAGCCCCGACGAGGUGGCCCUGGUGCAGUGGACAGAGAGCGUGGGUUUGACUCUGGUGGGCAGAGACCAGUCCUCAGUGCAGCUGAGGAGCCCAGGGGGGCACAUCCUCAACUUCACCAUCCUGCAGAUCUUCCCCUUCACCUACGAGAGCAAGCGCAUGGGCAUCAUCGUGCGGGAUGAAUCCACAGGAGAGAUCACGUUCUACAUGAAGGGGGCAGACGUGGUGAUGGCUGGAAUUGUGCAGUACAACGACUGGCUGGAGGAGGAGUGUGGUAACAUGGCUCGGGAGGGCCUGAGGGUUCUUGUCGUGGCCAAGAAGUCUCUGACAGAAGAGCAGUAUCAAGACUUUGAAGCUCGCUACGUCCAGGCCAAGCUGAGCGUGCACGACCGCUCCCUCAAGGUGGCCACGGUCAUCGAGAGCCUGGAGAUGGAGAUGGAGCUGCUGUGUCUCACUGGGGUGGAGGAUCAGCUGCAGACAGACGUCAGGCCCACGCUGGAGACGCUGAGGAACGCUGGCAUUAAGGUGUGGAUGCUGACGGGGGAUAAGCUGGAGACAGCCACGUGUACAGCCAAGAACGCCCAUCUGGUGACACGGACACAGGACAUCCAUAUAUUCAGACUAGUGACAAACCGAGGAGAAGCCCACCUGGAGCUGAACGCCUUCCGCCGCAAGCACGACUGUGCCCUGGUCAUCUCGGGGGACUCGCUGGAGGUGUGCCUCAAGUACUACGAGUACGAGUUCAUGGAGCUGGCGUGCCAGUGCCCCGCUGUCGUGUGCUGCCGCUGUGCCCCCACGCAGAAAGCCCAGAUCGUGCGGCUGCUGCAGGAGAGGACGGGCAAGCUCACCUGUGCCGUGGGUGAUGGAGGGAAUGAUGUUAGCAUGAUCCAGGAGGCUGACUGUGGUGUUGGAGUUGAAGGAAAGGAAGGGAAGCAGGCAUCGCUGGCAGCUGAUUUCUCCAUCACUCAGUUCAAGCACCUGGGUCGUUUGCUCAUGGUCCAUGGAAGGAACAGCUACAAGAGGUCUGCAGCCCUCAGCCAGUUUGUGAUCCACAGGAGCCUCUGCAUCAGCACCAUGCAGGCUGUUUUCUCAUCAGUGUUUUACUUUGCUUCAGUUCCUCUCUACCAAGGCUUCCUCAUCAUUGGGUACUCCACAAUUUACACCAUGUUUCCUGUGUUUUCUCUUGUCCUGGACAAGGAUGUGAAGUCUGAAGUUGCAAUGUUGUACCCAGAGCUCUACAAAGAUCUUCUUAAGGGACGACCGUUGUCAUACAAAACGUUUUUAAUCUGGGUCUUGAUAAGCAUUUAUCAAGGCAGCAUCAUCAUGUAUGGAGCACUCCUCCUCUUUGAAUCGGAAUUUGUGCACAUUGUUGCCAUUUCCUUCACGUCCCUGAUUCUCACCGAGCUGCUGAUGGUGGCACUGACAAUCCAGACGUGGCACUGGCUCAUGAUCGUGGCUGAGCUGCUCAGCCUCUCCUGCUACAUCGCUUCCCUGGUCUUCUUGCACGAGUUUAUUGAUGUUUACUUCAUUGCCACCUUGUCGUUCCUGUGGAAGGUCACUGUCAUCACCCUGGUCAGCUGCCUGCCCCUCUACGUCCUCAAGUACCUGAGACGGAGGUUUUCUCCCCCCAGCUACUCAAAGCUCACGUCCUAGGGCUGCUCCUGGCCCACGGAGACAGACAUUGCCCAGAGACACCCCCAGCUGUCCGUCCCCAUCAGGAGCCCGUGGUAAUCUCUGGUACCUGCUGCUGUAGUGAGACACUUCAGACUGCCCUGAACGGCAACCCAGCACCAGAAGGGUUUGCAGGGUGGAGGCUCUGAGCUCAUCCAGUUCUUGGCACUUUUGUUCUACUUACCUGGGGUCAAAUGCAUGGAACUGCGAUGGCAAUGGGUUUCUCUUGCAUGGUUCGAGGUCUGUGGAAGCUGCUACCUGACCUUGGGAUUUACAUUUGACAAUUUAAAGUGAAUUUUUUAAGUGUCUGCGCUGUCCUUUGCAUUGUGUUACGGUUUUUUUUAUGUUAUUCGUCUUUUUGAUUUCAAGUAGUUACAUUCUUUUUACAUCUUGGAAAUCCCUUAAUGUAGGUGAUGCACUACACUGCUGACAGCUGAUUCCUGAUUUAUGGCAUGUUGUUUCCAUAAUGGGGCUCCAGCCUGUCGGAUCUACACCCACUGGAGAAUCUGAGCAUGUCUGAGAUUUUCCUUCCGCUGAAACGUGGUCACCCCAGUGAUUUUGGAGGUAUCCAGCCAUUGAUAAAGACACAGAAGUGGGAGCUCAAAAUGAGAAAAUUCAGCUUUGUUUAGCUUUUGUGCUUCCUGUUAAAAGGAGCCAGUGACAUAGUAGUUUUACUCUGUAUUUAUUUGUGUAGGAGAAAAUUAUCUAAACUAAGGCAAAUCCUCUUUGGAACAGAACUUUGCAGUUGAUCAUCCUUGAAAUGUGUCGACAACGUGAGAAGAGACUCGUACUGUUCUGCAGACAAUGUGGCAGACGUGUCUUGAAUCCUUGGAGACUGAAAGGAGAGGUCACAGAGCUGCUACUCCUCACAGCUCCAUGAAAUCUGUUUCCUGUUAGUGUGAAGCUUUGAGGAUGAGCUGCAAAUAAGCAGAGGCACUCCUAGGUGGAUGUUUUAAUGACACUCCCUGCAGAGAGGCAGUUUCUGGAGCCUUGCACUUGCUUGGUUCUAAAAACCAAACCUGAAUCACAGGAGUGGGCUCAUACAAGGCAUUAGGCUUGUGUGCAGAGCAAAUUUAUGUGCUUUUAGUUUUCAAAAAUUAAA